AUGGUCUAUUACUUUACUUCCACGGCGACCGAUCCGCCGGCCAAGAUCUACGUCGGAAAGGACAAGUUCGAGAAUGAAGACCUCAUAAAAUACGGCUGGGACGAAGACGUCUGGUUCCACGUCGACAACCUCUCCAGCGCCCACGUCUACCUCCGCAUGCAAUCCCACCAAACGUGGGACUCACUCCCGCAAGCCCUCCUUACGGACCUUGCCCAGCUGACCAAGGCCAACUCCAUCGAGGGCAACAAGAAGGACAACGUCACCGUCAUCUACACGCCCUGGGCGAACCUGAGGAAGGACGGGAGCAUGGACGUCGGGCAGGUGAGCUUCCAUGAUCAGAAAAAGGUCAAGAAGGUGUUUGUUGCGCAGAGGGAGAAUCCGAUUGUGAAUCGGUUGAAUAAGACAAAGGUGGAGAGGAAGCCGGAUUUUAAGGCCGAGAAGGAUGAGAGGUUGAAGGAGUUGAGGAGGAAGGAUCAGGCUGCUCAGCAGGCGAGGAAAAAGGAGGAACUCAAGAAAGCACAAGAGUACAAGGAAAAGAAGUGGCAAAAGGAGCACGCGUACGAUGAUCUCUUCGACGAAGACGCGCUCGCGGCUACAAGUAACCAAAACCGCGGCGAAGACUGGGAAGACGACUUCAUGUAA